UAAGUACCAAAAUCAUAAAUCACGUAAUGCUGUGGGGUGACCCACAGUUUUGGACUGGAAAUCCGAAACCCUAUCUUGCCUCUCGCAUUUUUACAUUGAAAUUCUGCUUUACAAGAUAAACUGCUAUCAGCUCAUGCUGGUGAACAAAGUCUGCGUUCAAAUUGGUUCAACGGCCAGUACGAAUCUUACGUACACUGAGUAAUACUUGGAUUUUCUUCUUGCUAAAAUUAUUGGCAUCACUUUACUCUACUGACCGGAACCUUCCCCUUCUUCUAGUUUGAUUCAGACCCCAACCUGAAAAAUACGCCAUAAUGGAGCCAGAAACAACAACUUUCACUUCUUGGUUUGAUCAUCUCUCCCUGGAAGAAUUUCUGGGUUUCGGAUACUACGGACAUGUAUUCAAAGCUAUCAGCGGAGCAAAAUCAAAAAGAUUGUCAGCCGUCAAAGUAAUAUUCAUUGACACGUCUGGAAAAUUACCUGAAGAGCUGGAGGAAGAAAAGCAAAUAGUUUCUCGAGAGUAUAACCUGAUGACAGGUAAAAAGCAUGAAAAUGUAUUAGAAAUUCUGAAAUCGACGUACACCCAUUUCACCGUCUCGGACCUUAACAUCAUUAAAGACUUGGACUGUCUAAAAGAAAAUGAGAAUGCCGCAGAUAUGAUUAAAUUUCGAACUAUACAAGCAGAAAAAAAGCCCAUUUCGACAUUUUGUAUACAAAUGGAGCUGUGUGGGAAAAAUUUGAGACAAUGGCUUAACGCUCAAUCUAUUAACAACCCUAACAACCUUCAAAAAACCAUCAUACGAAAUAUGUUCGAAGGGUUAAAAUACCUGCACAGCAAUAACAUAAUGCAUCGUGAUUUUCGUCCGGAAAAUGUCAUGUUUAGCUAUUCAUCAACAACAGAUUUUCUUCUGCCUGUCAAAGUCGGUGAUUUUGGUUUAUGUCGGAACGUGCAUAGAGAGCAAACCGUUACGGGUACCCUGACCCCUGGGGUAGGACAUGACCUGUAUCGUGCCCCAGAAACAAGGGGAAAUAAUUACGGGGUUCAAGCUGAUAUCUUCUCUUUUGGACUGGUCGUGUGGGAAGUAAGUCACUUGUUGAGACAAAGAGAAACUCCCAAAAUGUUUUACGAACUUGUUGAGAAAUCAAAAACGGGUCUGGUUAAGUCUAGUAACCUAUUUCGCAAUGCUAAGGAAUUAAUCGUCUCACUAACGAUGAGGCGUGUUGAAGAUCGAAUAACAAGCUUACAUGACAUAGGACAUUUCGAUGAAAACCGGAAUAAGUUCACCGUCAGGAAAAUGAAAGAGUUGAGGCGAAUUUUGACGACCUGCAAGCCUGGAGAUACAAUCGUACUAAAGGAUUUCGUUGACUCUAGAAAUAAUACAUAUACAUUAUGUGCAGACAAUGUAACAUUGUAUCAGGAAGGAAUAGUAACUCGUCUUGACUUAGUCAUCAAGGGAAAUAGUUGCACAAUCAAGAAUAUUACUGCGACGGAAAUCACAAUUGAAGGAAGCAACAAUUUGUUGCAAGAUAUCAAUUGCAGUGAGUUUAAGCUAACUGGAAGCAACAAUAAAGUAUCAAAUGGCAGAUUUGGCAAACUCUACCAUAAGUCAUUUCCGGAGAUAUCAGUAUCCGGAGAUAACAAUUCACUGGAAAAUGUGCAAAUAUCAUUACCUUACGGCGGGGUGUUGGUAUCGGGAUCAGGCAAUAAAUUUCUGUCCCUGAAAUUUAAAGAUGUGAGAGAUAUGGGAUUACUAAUUUCCGGUUCAAAAAAUGUAAUUCGCGAUUGCACAAUGAAUACAAGGGAGUACUUCCCGCCUGAGGCUAUAUAUUAUGAUUUGAAAAAAUUCCAAAAUUACUCGGACGAAAUUAAACGUGUACACGAUACCUACGGUGGAAUUAGUAUAAUAACGACUCCAACUUCUUCAGAAUCUGUAAUCAGUAAUACCAUCUGCGACAACGUAUUUAUUUCUGGAAUGCACCAUCAGCUUGAAAGCUCAAUAAUCAACAAAACACUAAAUUUACGAGGCGAAAAUCAUUCUAUCAAAUCAUGUAAAGUGCACCAACUAUUUGACAAGAGUGACUCGACCGCACAUAUCGACAACAAUUUUGAGAUAGUGGAGGUUAAUUAAUAUAGUUGUUAUCCUUUAACAUCUUGUAUUUACAUACUCUACAUAGAAUAAACCGUCGCAAACGCGCAUACGGAAGUA